UAACUAUACAAACGGCCACAUAAAAUGAAAUAAUAAAAUAAUAAUGCAACUAAACAUAGAGGGUCAUAAUAAUUGUGACAAAGUUUGGAUCUUUUGAGGUUUCAACGUUGUUGGUGUGUGAAACAACAAACAUCAUGGGAGAUUCAGCUUGUCUCGUGCAACCAUUUUGUUAUGCUUCUGGAAUUUCCAAUGAUUCCAAUGAGAACAACACAAAUCAUCCACUUGGACAAUCAAUCUCAUUUGGAAGGUUCAUGACAGAAUCACUAGCAUGGGAGAAAUGGUCAAGUUUCUCUCAUAAUCGCUAUGUUGAAGAGGCGGAAAGGUUUUCAAAACCAGGUUCAGUUGCACAAAAGAAAGCUUUCUUUGAAGCUCAUUACAAGAAACUUGCAGCUCAAAAAGCCGCCGCUGCUGCAUUGCUUGAAGAACAAAACAACGCUGCUGCACAAAACAAUGUCAUAGAUAAUAAUGAAAUAUUUAAGGAAGAACAAGAUGCAAAGGUUUUGAGUUUGGUUUCAGAAACUAGCUGCGAUUUAGAUUCAAAUGUAGAGACAUGUAUUGUUUCUGAAAGUAACAAGUUAGAAGAAUGUGAGGGAAAAAUGGAACAAGAAGUUGUUUUAAGGAAUUCAAUGAUGGUUGAAUUGGAAAAAAGGCUUCAAAAUGUUGAUACAUUUCAAGAGCAAAGUGAAAAGAUUAAUGCAACACCUCCAACCAAGACAUUGAAGAAGGUCUCUAGCUUGGAUCAAGAAGUUUUGGCAUCAACUAGCAAGAAGAAACCACCAGUUUCUUCCUUUAAGUUGUUAAAGUCUAACGGAACUUCGAAAUUCACAACUACUACACCUGUUAAAUCCACUGCUCCUAUUUCUUCCAAAAUAGAUAACUUUGCUACUCCAAUGAGCAAUAAAAAGAGUACUAGAGUUGAUUCUACACCUGCAACGUUAAGCAAUGCAGAUAAAAAAAGACCAACUCCAAAGAAAGUUAAUUUUACACCUAUUAGAGAAUUUAAUAGAUUUACUGCAUCAGUGAUGAAGAGGUUCGAAAGUACAAGAGUUGGCGCUUCUUCUUCAAAGGCUUCGAAGGAUAGCUUGACUCCUCUAAAAACACCAACCAUGGCUUCCAAGGAGAUGCAAAAGCAUUCUUCAUUGACGCCGUUAACAGAAAAUAAAAGGAACAAAACACCUAUUGAUUCAUCAGUGUCACGUAACCAUACAGCCGGUCCUAAAUGGCGCUUGCUUUCUGGAGAAAAUAAAAUGAGAUCACCAAUUAUAUCAUCACCUUUCGGCUUGAGGACAGAAGAAAGGGCUGCAAGAAGAAAGAAGAAACUUGAAGAAAAGUUCAAUGCUAAUGAAGUACAAAAAGUUCAGCUCCAUACAAAACUCAAGGAGAAAGCAGGGACAGAGAUUAGAAAACUUCGCCAAAGCUUUUGCUUCCAAGCCAGACCACUACCUGAUUUUUACAAGGAAAGAAAAGCAUCAAAUAUUGAGACAAGAAAGGUCCCGCAGACACGUUAUGAAUCACCUAAUGCGAGAAGAUAUCCAAUUCUCAACAUGGCAGAGAGUAAAACUUCUUUGCCUCUUAACAGACCUUCAUUGAAAAACAAUGGCACCAAGAAUUACUUGGGGAAGACUGGUCAAACAUUGACUCAUCAUUAUCCUCUGACUUCAAAUUCCAUGAAAAUCAUUACAACUCAUGAGAAUACAUCACCAAAUAUUCAGCAUAGGAAUCAAUAUGGUAGAAUUACAAAUAAGGACCAUGCUGAGAGCAGAAAGAUCUUGUAAAUGUAGCUUAACAGAAAUGAGAUUGUACCACAUUAACUAGGCACCUAAGUUGUAGCAACAUUGGCAGCCUUCUAACCCUUUGUUAUUUUCAACCCUCUAUCUUUCAGUUUGUACCCUGAGUACAUGUUUGGUAUCUCACUGUGCUUAGUGAAAUCACGAUGAGCCGCCAUGAUUUUCUAAAUACUACACUUUGUAGCUUUUGGAAAAUCAUCGAUGCGAAAUAAAAAGCUUUUGAAAUAUCAUGAUGACUCGCUAUAAUUUCAGCAAACCCAGUGUGAUACCAACAUGCACUUCUUAUAUUCAAAUACCCUUCCCAUUUUGUAAUUGAAAAUCUCCAAAAGUUAAUUUCUAUGUCAUUUUGACA